AGCAGACAUUACAGCUCUGCUCUUCUUUAGUGUGCUCUGACUUCAACUGCACACAGGACUGGAAAAGAAGGAAUUAACAGCAGCGAAUUUCUAACUAACAACAACGAAGAUGGGAAAGCGGCACUUCUCGGGGUUGGAGGUGACCCUGAUCGUGUUGUUUUCGUUGGUGCUGGUGGUCGCUGUCGCAUUGGUCGUUUUACUGGCCACUGGGGAACCAGGGGUGAUGAGUGAAGAUACAGGGUCAAACAUCAUCCCGGAUUGUCCCAAAAUUCCAGAUGGAGAGAGAGUGGACUGUUUUCCAGAUGGCGGUGCUUCACAGCAAAAAUGUUUAGAAAGAGCAUGCUGUUGGAGCCCCCUGAAUGAGACUAACGUCCCCUGGUGCUUCUUCUCCAAAAACCACGGUUACAGAGUGGUCAGUGAAAACAAGCCUGACAGCACACAUAUUGAGGCCAAGCUGACAAGAAUGGAUGCUCCAUCUCUAUUUGGAGCUGACAUUAAAGAGCUGAUCUUCUACGCUGAAAUGCAGACAGAAAACCGCUUUCGAUUUAAGAUCACUGAUGCAAAGCAAACCAGGUAUGAGGUUCCUCACGAGCAUGUGGAGAAGCUCCCUUCCAGUCCUCCAACCGGCACCUUAAAAUACAGAAUAGAGCUGAUCCAUAAUCCCUUUGGACUGAAAGUUUGGAGAACAUCUCCCGAAAAAAUCCUGUUUGACACAACCCUUGGGCCGCUGGUUUUUGCUGAUCAGUACCUUCAGCUCUCAGCUAAACUCCCUUCUCACAAUAUUUAUGGACUUGGAGAGCAUGUCCAUCAGACCUUCCGCCAUGACACCAACUGGAGGACGUGGCCUAUCUUCACAAGAGAUGCUUUUCCCAAUGGCGGCACACACAACCUGUAUGGACACUACCCCUAUUUAACAUGUCUGGAAGAUGUGAGCGGCCAAUCCAUUGGAGUUUUCCUCAUGAACAGCAAUGCUAUGGAGGUGACUAUCCAGCCUGCUCCGGCUGUAACCUUCCGAACUAUUGGGGGAGUUUUGGACUUCUAUAUCCUGGUUGGAGACACACCGGAGGCAGUGGUGGACGAGUUCACGAAGCUGAUUGGCAGGCCUUUCAUCCCCCCAUACUGGUCUCUAGGCUUCCAGAUCUCUCGCUGGGACUACGGCAGCCUGGAGAAUGUGAAGACAGUCGUGGAGAGGAACCGACAGGCCGGCCUUCCGUACGACGUCCAGAUCACUGAUAUUGACUACAUGGAGAACAAAAAGAUCUUCACCUAUGAUAUGGAUAAAUUUAAGGAGCUGCCUCAGUUUGCUGACUACAUGCAUGAUAAAGGGCAGAAAUACAUCAUCAUACUGGAUCCUGCUGUGUCCACAAGUCCAAGGAUAAAUGGAGCCUAUGAAACACUUGACAGGGGACAUCAAGCUAAAGUUUGGGUUACUGAAUCAGAUGGGGAAACACCUUUACUGGGAGAGGUCUGGCCAGGGGAAACCGUCUUUCCUGACUACACAAAUGAGGCUUGCAUUGAUUGGUGGGUUGAUGAAAUUUCGCGAUUCCACAAAGAAGUCAAGCAUGACGCUCUCUGGAUUGACAUGAAUGAGGUGGCCAAUUUUGUGAAGGGAGGCAUUAAAGGCUGCUCUGAUAACAAACUCAACUAUCCUCCAUUCACCCCACAUGUCCUUGAUGACCUGAUGUACAGUAAGACCUUGUGUAUGGAUGCUAAACAUAAAUGGGGGAACCACUAUGAUGUCCACAGUCUCUAUGGGUACUCUAUGGUCCUGGCCACUGAGAAGGCGGCGAAAGCAGUGUUUGGGAACAGCCGUUCCAUGGUCUUUACCCGCUCUUCCUUCCCCGGAGUGGGUAAAUACGCUGGGCACUGGUUGGGCGACAACGGUGCCAACUGGAAUGACAUUAAGUGGGCCAUACCAGGCAUGCUGGAGUUUAACCUCUUCGGAAUCCCUUACAACGGAGUGGACAUCUGUGGGUUCUUCGAUGACUCACCAGAGGAGCUUUGCAGACGUUGGAUGCAAGUCGGUGCGUUCUACCCCUUCAGCCGUAACCACAACGCACAAGGUUACAGAGACCAGGACCCUGCAUCAUACGGCCUCGACUCCCUCUUGGUGAACACCUCCAGGCAUUACCUUAACAUCCGAUACAACCUCCUGCCGUACCUCUACACGUUGUUCUACAAGGCCAACGUUAAUGGAGAGACUGUAGUGCGUCCCUUGAUGCAUGAGUUCUAUUCCGACAGUGAAACCUGGGCGGUGCACACGCAGUUCUUGUGGGGAGCACACCUUCUCAUCACACCUGUGUUGGAUCCUGGUGUUGUGACUGUGGAGGCCUAUAUCCCAGAUGCCGUCUGGUAUGACUUUGAGACGGAGACACAGAUUACAGAACGCAAAAUGAAAGUUAACAUGAAUCUGCCUGAAGAUAAACUUGGUUUACACCUGAGAGGCGGAGCCAUUCUGCCUGUUCAAAGACCAGAUGUUACUACCACAUACAGCCGACGUCAUCCCAUGGGACUGAUCAUCGCUCUCGAUGACAACCAGGCUGCGUCAGGCGAGCUAUUUUGGGAUGACGGAGACUCUCGAGACACUGUUUCAUCUGGCUCCCACAUUCACUACCAGUUUUCAGUGAAUGAAGGUGUCUUAUCAAUGCACGUUGCACACAAUGGAUACACGGAUCCAAACAACUUGAAGUUUGAGAACAUCACUGUGAUGGGAGUGAAAAGUGAACCCAUUCUAGUGCUUGUGACUGAAGGUUCCACUAGUAACCCUCUGUUGUCGUCCCAGAUUCAAUACAAUUCUACCAAACAGGUGAUGUAUUUGAGGAAUCUGGAGCUGGAGCUUGGGAAGAACUAUACGGUCAGCUGGGAUUCCACAUCCACUGGAAAUUUCGACUGCCACCCUGAAUUUGGCGUCGAUGAGUCCAAAUGCAAAGCCCGCAACUGCAUCUGGCAGCCUUUGAAUUUCCCCAAGUGUUAUUAUGCCGCGACCCACGGCUACACAUCCAGCAAUGUCGCUCAAACACCAUCUGGCAUCAAUCUAGAUAUUAACAUCAAUGGUGCUUUCUCAAGUCAGCGUUCUCUAUCUCGAGACAUCCCUAAGCUACGUGUGGAAAUCACAUACCUUAGUGAACACAGCCUACGUUGGAAGAUCUAUGACCCAGAGAAUGCACGCUUUGAGGUCCCCAUUCCCCUCAAUCUACCUACACCAGAGACAGAAGAAGCCAAGAGAAUGUAUAAGGUCGAAAUUAAUACAAACCCAUUUGGGAUCCAAGUGAUCAGAAAAAGCACAAGUGAAAUGAUAUGGAACUCUGCUGUGCCAGGCUUUACAUUCUCCGAUCAGCUCCUUCAAAUCUCCACACUGCUCCCCUCAAACCAUGUCUAUGGUUUUGGUGAAACAGAGCACCCCAGCUACAAACAUGACCUCAACUUUCAAAAAUAUGGCCUGUUUGCGAAAGACCAGCCUCCAGGGUAUAAGCUGAACAGUUACGGUGUCCAUCCCUUCUAUAUGGGUCUGGAGAAAUCAAAAAAUGCACAUGGUGUCCUUCUGCUCAACAGCAAUGCCAUGGAUGUGACCUUGCAGUCUACUCCAGCUCUGACCUACCGCACCAUUGGAGGGAUCUUGGACUUCUACAUGGUGAUAGGACCUACUCCAGAAGAUGUGGUUCAGCAGUACACUGAGUUGAUUGGCCGCCCGGUUCUUCCAGCCUAUUGGUCACUUGGAUUCCAGCUCUGCCGCUACGGCUACGCCAAUGAUACAGAGAUCGCAGAUCUUUACAAUGACAUGAAAGCUGCUGCAAUUCCUUAUGAUGUGCAAUAUGCAGACAUUGACUACAUGGAGAGGCAGAUGGACUUCACACUGGACCAAAAGAACUUCAAUGGACUGCCUGCUCUGGUGGACAAAAUGAGGGCUGAGGGGAUGCGUUUUAUCUUCAUUUUGGACCCAGCCAUAGCGGCCAAUGAGACGCAAGACUACCCUGCGUUCCGACUCGGGAUGGAACAAGACGUUUUCAUCAAAUGGCCUUCUGAGCUCAGCAGUGACAUUGUAUGGGGAAAGGUGUGGCCUGACUAUCCCAAUGUCACUGUGGACAAUUCUUUGGACUGGGAUACUCAAGUAGAGCGAUUCAGAUCUUUCGUGGCAUUCCCUGAUUUCUUCAAGAACAGCACAUCACAGUGGUGGCAGAAUGAGAUUAAAGACUUUUACAACAACAUCAUGAAAUUUGACGGACUUUGGAUUGACAUGAAUGAGCCAGCCAGUUUUGUGCAUGGCACCGUUGGAGGAAAAUGUCUAGGGGAUCCCAAUUUAGAAAAUCCUCCAUAUAUGCCCCCACUGGAGUCCAUGCAUAUGGGUCUCAACCAUAAGACUUUAUGCAUGAACAGCGAGCAGAUCCUUGCUGAUGGCAAACGUGUCAAACAUUAUGAUGUCCACAACUUGUACGGCUGGUCUCACACUGAACCCACUUAUAAAGCUUUGCUUAAUACCACUGGCAAGAGAGGUGUCGUAAUUACCCGUUCAACAUACCCAUCUAGUGGUCGGUGGGCAGGACAUUGGCUGGGAGACAACUACUCUGCCUGGGACCAGCUUCUGAAGUCCAUCAUUGGCAUGAUGGAGUUCAGCAUAUUUGGCAUCUCUUACACCGGUGCUGAUAUCUGUGGCUUCUUUAACCCUGCCGAAUACGAGAUGUGCUUGCGUUGGAUGCAGCUUGGAGCAUUCUACCCAUUCUCCAGAAACCACAACACCAUUAACAUGCCAAGGCAGGAUCCCGUGGCCUGGGGCCCAGAGUUUGCUAAUAUGUCCCGUGAUGUGCUGAAUAUUCGCUAUACCCUCCUGCCAUAUUUGUACACACUGAUGUAUGAAGCUCACGUUCACGGAAAAACUGUGGUCAGACCCAUGCUGCAUGAGUUUGUCAAUGAUGAAAACACAUGGGAAAUCGACAGGCAGUUCCUCUGGGGUCCCGCCCUUCUAAUCACGCCUGCUUUGGAAAAGGGCGCCACUGUAGUCAAGGGCUACGUGCCAGAUGCCCACUGGUACGAUUAUCACACGGGAAAAUCUGUUGGAGUGCGAGGACAGUUUGUGGAUAUGGAUACACCAUUAGAUAAAAUUAACCUGCACAUUAGAGGUGGCUAUAUUCUGCCCUGGCAGAAACCAGAGAAUAACACACACUACAGUCGUAAGAAUCCUCUGGGUUUGCUUGUUGCUCUCGAUGAUGCAGGUUCAGCACAAGGAUCCCUGUUCUGGGAUGAUGGAGAGGGGAUUGAUACUGUUCAGAACAAGCGUUACCUCUUGACAAAUUUCCAAGUGUCUUCGGGUGUUCUUAAUAACUCGAUUACCACUGAUGGUUUGGCCGAGGUUGACAGGUUAACCCUGGGUAAUGUGAAGGUGUGGGGUGUAACAACGCGCAUCAUUAAGGUUUCCAUGAGUGUUUCUGGGAAGCCUGAUGCCAACUUGGCCUUUAAUUACCACCCCGAGAAUCAGGAGUUGGUGAUUGACGCAACACCACAAUCUCACACCAUCGAAAAGGGUUUCACAAUCACCUGGACAACUUAGACAUGGACGCAAGUCUAAGGAGACGGGCUUAAGCCAAGACGCGCAUGAUUAUUUCUGUUUAUUUAUGAGUGUUCAGUCAACUAGUAAUUUAUUUAACAUUUCCCGCUAAGAGCUUUUUGUGGUAGAUAUUCCAAAUCUGAAAUGAUUUCUUCUAAAAUAAAUGCUUUGUUCUGGAAGAUACAUUGAUGUCGUUUUGAUUUGGAUCUCAUGUUGAAAAGUUGUUGUUGUUUUUUAGGCUGAACUUGGAAGCUGAAUGUCUAAUGCCGGCAUUUGGGGAAGUGGAAAUAUAAUGAUAACCCUUAAUUAUCAGCAAUCACUUCUUUUUAACGAGAAACCUCUCAGCGGCGGCUACCUGCCGGGCCCGCUUCAUGCACGACUUCAUUUUGAUGUAAUGAUACAAUAUUCGAUUAUUCAUUCUAGGGUAAACAUAAUGAUAUCAAUUAAGCAAUGUAGACUAUAAAUUGAUUUCUGCUCUAAUUGGCAAUCAUCGCGAGCUAGAAACAUGGACGCUGCGGGGAGAGGGGCGUUCAGGGUGUGCCUUCGAUAUUUAGACACUAGCCUAAAAACAAUGAUAAUUAAGAACUUUUUUUUAUCCAAGUGUGAAAAAGGAUGGAGCCAUUGUGUGACUGAGACUGUAAUUAUUUGGGUUUUCUAUUAUGUGAAAGGUGUUUAUCCAGCGGUCCUUUAUUCUGUUUUUGUUUUUUUUUUUAACAAGGAAAAUAGCAACAUUUCUUUUGUAGUUGCUGUCCAUUAAGAUACAUAUGAAAUAAUCACACAUCUGUAGCAUGAAGAAAGAUUUGUAAUAAAGUGAUUUAAAACUCA